GUCAAAGAGGGGAAGUUAGGUAAUAGGGGAGCCCCCCACCAUCCAACUUCUACGUGACGUUUGACUCACCAGCACCGACCGGUUAGAUAUCAUUUGCAGCCGGCAGCCUUUCCAACUCGAAUCAGCUCUCUCAAAAGCUAGUAAAUAUGUCUAAAAUUGGUAUUAAUGGAUUUGGAAGAAUUGGGCGUCUUGUUCUUCGUAAUGCUGUCGAUAGUGGUGCCCAGGUAGUUGCUGUUAAUGACCCGUUCAUUAAUGUGGAAUAUAUGGUCUACCUUUUUAAAUAUGAUUCCACACAUGGACGUUUCAAGGGAAGUGUCUCAUAUUCUGGACAAAACCUUGUUGUGAAUGGAAAAGAAAUCCGUGUCUUCCAGGAAAGAGACCCAGCUAGCAUUCCAUGGGGUGAAGCCGGUGCCGAAUAUGUUGUUGAAGCUACUGGAGUUUUCACAACUGUUGAGAAGUGCAAGCCUCAUUUGAAGGGCGGUGCCAAGAAAGUUAUUAUUACUGCACCCUCGGCUGAUGCUCCCAUGUUCGUUUGUGGUGUUAACUUGGAUGCAUACAAGCCAGAUAUGGACAUAGUUUCUAAUGCAUCUUGCACAACUAACUGCCUUGCUCCAUUAGCCAAAGUUAUCCAUGAUAAUUUUGGAAUUGAAGAAGGUCUCAUGACAACCGUUCAUGCUGUUACUGCCACUCAGAAAACAGUUGAUGGCCCAUCUGGAAAGUUGUGGAGAGAUGGAAGAGGUGCUGCUCAGAAUAUAAUUCCAGCAUCUACUGGUGCAGCUAAGGCUGUCGGCAAAGUCAUUCCGUCCCUAAAUGGUAAACUGACUGGCAUGGCUUUUAGAGUUCCUGUAUCCAAUGUUUCUGUUGUUGAUUUAACCGCAAGAUUGCAGAAGGAUGCUACUUAUGAAGAAAUUAAAAAGAAAAUUAAGGAAGCUUCAGAAGGUCCCCUAAAAGGAAUUUUGGCAUAUACUGACGAACAGGUUGUCUCUUCCGAUUUCAUCGGCAAUACUGCUUCAUCUACUUUCGAUGCUGAGGCUGGUAUCCAACUGAACAACAAAUUUGUAAAGCUCAUCUCAUGGUACGAUAAUGAAUGUGGUUAUUCCAUGAGAGUCGUUGAUCUUAUCAGAUACAUGCAAACAAAGGACUAGUGAGAACCCAUUAUUCUGAAUUUGUUUAUUAGUGUUGUAUUGAAACAGUGAAUUACUGCACUCCAGAACUGAAUCUUGUGUUAAAUACUUUAUAUCAUAAAUUGAAAAACGUUCAUUGAUAUAUUUUCUUUAAAAUAAAGUUUUGUAUUUAAAUUUGUACAUUUAUGUUGAAAUAAAUGAAAUAUUUCUUAUACCUUCCUUUACCCU